AUGAGUUUGAUUAAUGUUACCAAUAUAAAGGUGGGCAACAAUGUCUGUAGCAUAAAAUUGCCUUUGAGCUUUCAAAUUGAAUUUGAAUGUCUGGAAGACCUUAAGCAUGACGUAGAGUGGAAAAUAAUAUACAUAACUUCCGACGGAUCAGGGUACAUAAACACCAGCGCAACUAAAAGUACUGAGAAGUCGGAAUCAGGUACAGAUAACGCAGUAAAGGAGGAAUUGAAGGAAGAAAACACAAAAACCAAGGAUGGAGAUCAGAUGGAGGAUUAUUUGAAAUCCCCAAACGAGGGUGAAAUCGUAUUGGACGCAGUGUGUAUGGGACCGGUGCGCAGGGGUAUUUUACAGUUUGAAUUUCGUGUUAAUCCCCCAAAUUUCAACAGAUUGAGUCCGGACUGCAUCCUGGGUAUGCAGGCAAUACUGAUAACCGGAAGCUACUGCGAACAGGAGUUCAUAAGAAUAGGGUACUACACAAACAACACGUACGACGAGGACAGUUUAAGAGAGAACCCUCCAGAUGUGCCUAUCCUGGAUAAGGUCAUAAGAUGCAUUAUCGAUCAGCCCAGAGUGACGAGGUUCCCAAUCAAGUGGGACAACGACGACCUCGUGGACUUCGAGGGGAACAAACUCAACUUCUUCUCGGAGGAGUCAAACGAUAACUCAGAGGGCUCCGCCGACGACCCGGAUGAAUCGAACGACAACUCAGACGAAUCAAAAGUUGACUCUGACGAUGAAGGGAUGGACGACGACACAACGUACCUGACGGAGGAGAGCAACGAAGAUCUUGAGCUGAAAGGAGAUGAAACGAACAGAGACGAAUCAGAUGACUAUGAAGAGGAAGAAACAGCUAGGGAGGAACAGGAGGAUGUCGAAAGCACAAAGGAACAUCAGACCAGUAGUGCCAACGACACGACUGUUGAGGAAAGCGAAACGGUUAAAACCAAGAGCACUGAGGAGCAGAAGUAUGAGCACGUUUCUGCCAACAGGGAUGAGGACUACGAUGAAGAAGUGGAAUACACGAGAAGGCAGGAUUCCGUAGGUUACCGCGCCACGAGUGACGAGCGCACGAAUGCGAAAAAGUACGCUUCUCCCGAUGAACACACGAGUCCAGAGAAGCAUAAAAGGGUAGACGAGGAGUUUUUGAGCACUGAGCAGGGCGCCAAAAGACAACGCGCUUAA